UCCAAUGAAUGGAGGGCGAGAGGGCCGGCUGGGCGGCAGGGCCCCGCGGGGAGGAGGUAUUUGUAGCGCGGCGCAGAGGCCCCCCGCGCCAUGCCCCCCCGCAUCAGGUGCACGGUGCGCUGCGGGCGCGGGGGCUCCCUGCGCCGCGCCUGGCGCAUCGCGCGCCGCGUCCUGCGCCGCCUCCUCAGGGCCACGGGCCACGCGCCCCCGAGCCUCUCCCUGCGCCUGGUGCUGCGGCGCGGCCCCGGCACAGGUGAUGAUGCUGGGCAGCCCGCGGGUGGCCGAGCUGCUGCUGCAGCGCGGGGCCGACCCGAACCGCCCCGACCCGCUCACCGGCUGCUUCCCGGCGCACGACGCUGCCCGUGCCGGGUUCCUGGAGACGCUGGCGGCGCUGCACCGCGCCGGGGCCCGCCUCGACCUGCGCGACGGCCGCGGCCGCCUCCCCCUCGACGUGGCGGCGGGGGGCCCGCACGGAGCCGUGGCCCGGUACCUGCGGCACCCGCACCCCCCCGGGGCCGCCGGGGACGCGGCUGAGCGCUGACACCCCCGCUGCCCCCGCGCCGCUUCUGCGCUGCUCGGAGAGAAAAAGCCGAAAGGAUCCAAAGGCGGCUCCCCCGGCGGGCAGAGGACGAGCAUCGAACGAACGAGCGGUGCUCCAGGAGGGAGAAAAAUAACCCAACAAAAAUAAUUCGUCGUUUACCGAUUUAUUUCUAAAUUGAUGACGUCCUGAGAAGGAGAACGCUCGCUUCCCUGAGCGGCUCGCUCGCCGCCUCGAUUUCCAUCGGGAGCUUGGAUUUUUCACCACUGAAAAAUUCUCACUGUUUUAUUCAUGGUCGCGGAAUCCUGGAGAGCUUUGCGUUUUAGUAAUAGUUUGCGAUUAUUUUACCUAGGGCUGCGAAAUAGCGAACACCUUAGCCAUCCCCUUUUCAAAUUUAAUCCAUCUUCCAAUCUUCUCCUCUCAUCACCCUGCUCAGUUUAGAAAGUCUCAAAAUGUUUAACACUGAUCGAGCCUACGAUUUGGGGACUAUUGUGAAUAUUUUUUAUAGACGGGAAGGUUGUUCAUGUGAAAAACCAAUCGGUAAUCGUUUAGCUCACGUGCACUUUUAACAUCUGGAAACAACCCGUUCCACCACCGGGGCAAUAAGCUCGGUAAUUUUAAAACGGCUUUCCGGGUCUUUAAACCAGUCAUUAGAAAACAAAACCAAAUGAACGAGCUUGACUGUAAAUUUGAAUCCUUUAACACACACUGCCUCAGUUUUUUUCCAUAGCGAUUCGAUUAAUCUACUCAAUGUUUGUGGUACAAAGAAAGAAUUCUUGUGUUCGGCUAUUAAACGGUCCUGCAUGCAGCGCUACUCAGUGUUGGGCGGUGUUAUUUAUUUCGGGUUUGUUCGUGGCUCGCAAUUUGGUGUCUGUGCACAAACACGCGUCCACACACUCAAAAUAUUCACGCGUGUCAGAUACAUGGGGCUUGUGCGCACGUGUGUAUUAUACACAUACAUACUUGAGUCAAAAACAUCCAUGAAAAGUCUUAAUUUCCUUAUUUAGAAGAACGCUUACCGGGCAAAAGGGAAGCUCCACUGCCCUCCGUACCUCUGCAUAACUUUUUUUUUUUUUUUUUUUUUAAAAUUUUCUUGCUAAAAAACCGACGGCAAGCACACGCUGCAGCAUAAGGCACCUUACUAUGCCCAAAAACGAUUUCCCCCCCGAUUCCAGCACUUUUGUUGCCUGUGCAUAGGAGACCACGCUUUGUCCGGGUCACAGAUCAGGAGGAAGAAGGGCUCCAGUGCCCCGUCAUUCCGCCUCCAGUUUACCGAGAAAAGGCUUUCUGCAGCUCAUUGCUCUAAAAUAGAAGGGGGAGGGAAAAAUAUCACUCUUUCCUCCAAAAAAAAAAUUAUUUCCUAGCUCUUUGGGGACCAACUCGAAAGUGGGCCCCUCGCAGAGGGCGUUUAGACCCGGUGGGAGAAGCGCCAGCAAAUCGAUCCGGGGCGGGGACAAGGUGGGUGGGACGAAUGUGGGUGUUUUUGACCCUCGACCCCUCCACGGCUUUGCACGCAGUCAGGAGCCCAGCUCAGCCUUGUGAUUCUUGGGACAAUAUCCCUGCCUUCUCGGAGCAUCCCUGCCUUUUGGGGUCCCACGACAGCCCAGCCUCUACUGCCCUCCUCCCUGCCCACCGAAGGAGCCCCCUUCCCCACGGGAAGGAGAGACAGCGCCCAAUGGAGUCCCUUCCAAAACGUGUCACGGGAGCAGCAUUCACACUGCGGUUCCCACUGUGUUUCCACGCAGCCUCUCCCCACCUGGGAAAGCUGUGCCAAAAGAACGUGACUUUCCCAUGGGCCCUGGAGCUGUCAAAACUCAAAAGUUCCUUAGGAAGUCCCCUGAAGAGAAGAAAAUGAAGAGUUUUUGGGAUGUAGUUACACACAUCCCAAUUUCAAAGGUGGUGUAAGUGAGGUCCGUGACUGGACAAUGCAUUCACUGAAUUGAGCUACUCCCCCUUUACCGCUGCCACCAUCAAAGGAGAAGCAAAGAAGAACUCACACUGCUUAAGAAACUACAGAAAAAGAUUUUCGCCUUCAAAUGUCCAGCCCAACCUCUCUGAAAAAAUAUCCACAACAUUUUUUUAUCUCUAUAGAACAUAAUUAAAAAGAUAGUUCAUGACACAGAAGCAGCAACUUUGUGCAGCUUUGCUUUCCUGUCACAAAUGUUCGCUAUCUGGACAAGAAGCUGGCAGAACCGUAUGUCACAAAGCACAACUUAAUUGUGUGUGAACACCAGCAUUUGAAUACUUUAACUAGAUAUUUUCCACUGUCAGUCUUUUAUUUUUUAAAAUAAAAAUACCUUAGUGUGUAAUGACACUUAGAAAACAAAGGAUUUUCUACUACACAUUCUGAAAAUUUACUCUUUGAGAACAUGACUCCCAAGCUUCAUCACCUUUACAUUUGCCUACAUUUACCACAGUUUGUUGUGUCUAAGGGUCCAUAGGCUGUGCAUACUCUGUUCACAACCUCCGAAAGCUUCACGGAAGUGAAAAUCAAAAUGCAUUUUAGGAAAGACAGUCAUCACCUGACCAUGCCUGGGUCAUGGGUGUGGAAAUAUAUUAAACUCACUGCCUGCUUACAUGGAACAUAAGCCUCAAGCACUGUGUAUCUCACGGGGAAAAUGGAUAUUUCCUGAGCCUUCAUAUAAGAAAGUGAGGAAUUUGAAGACGGGACAGGUAAGCCACAGACCCGGUGCUGGAAAGACGACCUCUCAAGACACAAGAGCUCCGGUGGGUCGAUCACUCCCACCAGCAGAGAUGAAAGUCAAUCUACUUAGUAGUUCUAGAUAUUUUUUAUGAAUCAUGUCUCAAUAAAUACUAACCUGACACUCGCUGGAGUAAUUCACCAUUUCUCCUUCCUUCCU